ACAAGCCUACUUCACGAACCCAAAUAAAGUUGUGUUACUUUUAGCGAAAUGUUGGAGAGAAGAAAGUAAAGGCACCAAACAAUUUGAAUGACCUGUUAUCUACAAAAAGCUUUUUCCAAGACUAGAGUCAUGGAUUUUAACAGUGUGGUGCAACUGCAGGUCAUCUUAGCUUGCAUUCUUCGGAUUUCUGAAGCUUUUAAUGUUGGAAUAUCAGGAGCCAAGGUAUUCACAGGACCUGCCUCUGAGCAGUUUGGAUACACAGUGCAACAGUUUACAAGUGCUAAUAACAAAUGGUUGCUGGUUGGCUCUCCCUGGAGUGGCUACACACAGAACAGGAUGGGAGACGUAUACAAGUGCCCAUUGCACCAAUCCAGAACCACAUGCGACAGGCUGCAUUUACAGAACAACACAACCAUCUCCACUGUGACAGAGAUAAAAAUCAACAUGAGUCUCGGCUUGACUCUUGCUCGGAAUUCUAACAAAAAUCUAUUUAUGACGUGUGGGCCACUGUGGACACAGCAGUGUGGCAGCCAGUACUUCCCUAUUGGAAUCUGCUCAGACGUCAGCCCCUCCUUCACUUCAGUACAGAGCUUUGCUCCUGCAAUACAAAUGUGUGGGGGUCCCAUGGAUAUUGCAAUUGUGUUAGAUGGCUCCAACAGUAUUUGGCCAUGGCCACCGAUCCAGUCUUUUCUCAAAAAAUUAUUGCAAGGAUUAAACAUUGGUCCAAAUGAUGCCCAGGUUAGCAUCAUACAGUAUGCAGUUGACCCAGAUUUUGAAUUCAGAUUGAAUGACUACACAAGCAAAGAAAAGCUCAUUACUGCUGCAUCCAACAUAGACCAGAAGUUGGGGGACCAAACAAAUACCUUCAGAGCCAUUGACUUUGCCAGAUCACAUGCCUUCUUGCCAUCAAACGGUGGUCGUCCUGGUGCUGCUAAAGUGAUGGUUGUUGUGACUGAUGGAGAAUCCCAUGAUUACUCAAUGAGAGACAAUGUCAUUGGUGCUUGUGAGAAGGCUCAGAUCUCUAGGUUUGGUAUUGCUGUCCUUGGCUAUUAUAUCAGAAACGACAUUGAUACUAAGAACCUCAUUAAUGAAAUCAAGUCGAUUGCCAGCUCUCCGACAGAGCGGUACUUUUUCAAUGUAUCUGCUGAAGCAGCCCUGUCGGAGAUUGCUGGGACUCUGGGGGAGCGCAUCUUUAACAUUGAAGGAACUGGUACUGGUGGUGAAAUCCAAAUGGAAAUGUCCCAGGUUGGGUUUAGUGCCUACUACUCAAACAAAACGGAUGUAAUGAUGCUGGGGGCAGUAGGAGCCUAUGGCUGGAGUGGCACGGUCGUUCAUAAGACUGCCAGCAAAUCUGACAUAUUCCCUCAACAAACCUUCCAGAAGACCCUGGAGGAUAGGAAUCACAGCUCCUUACUGGGUUACUCAGUGACCACGCUGACGAGCGAUGACUCUGAGCUGUAUGUUGCUGGAGCCCCCCGUUCCAACCAUACUGGCCAAGUGAUCACUUACUCUGUAAACAAGCAAGGCAAGCCUACAGUUGUGCAGUCACAAAGAGGAGAGCAGAUUGGUUCCUAUUUUGGCAGUGUCCUCUGCUCAGUGGAUGUUAACCAGGACUCCCGAUCGGAUGUUUUAUUGGUUGGUGCUCCAAUGUUUAUGAACGACUUGAAGAGGGAAGUGGGACGGGUCUAUAUGUUUUCAGUCAAUAAGGGCAUUUUAGGACAGCGGGAGGUUCUGCAAGGCCCAUCACACUCUGAGAACGCUCGCUUUGGAAUGGCUAUUGUUGCUGUUCCUGACCUCAAUGUAGACGGGUUCAGUGAUGUCAUAGUAGGAGCUCCUUUGGAGGAUGAGAACAGAGGUGCCAUUUACAUUUACAAUGGAGAUGAAAGAACCAUUAGGACAGUGUAUUCCCAGAAAAUAUCUGGCUCAGAAAUCAGCAAGAAGCUGCAGUAUUUUGGAAGGUCUCUUGAUGGCAACGGAGAUUUAAAUGCAGACUCCAUUCCCGAUGUGUCGGUCGGGGCCUAUGGGAAUGUAGUGCAACUCUGGUCCCGUAGUAUAGCAGAUAUAACAGUAAAGGCCACUUUUACGCCAGACAAAAUCAGUGUCCUCAAUAAGAACUGUGACUUCAACGGGAGAAGGCUGUUCUGUUUUAAUGCAAGCAUCUGCUUCAAGGCUCACUUUAGGCCAAAAACAGCCACCGGACCUGUCGAUAUCCAAUACAAUGCGACACUUGAUGCAGAUCUCCAGUCCUCUAGAGUGUCUUCCAGGGGUUUGUUUACAGAAAGCAAUGACCGGCUCCUGCAAAAAAACAUUGGAGUUGGCAGCUCAGAAGUGUGCUUUAAGCAUAAGGUUUAUGUUCAGGAAGCGCCUGACUUUGUGAAUUCCAUUGGCCUGCGUGUUGACGUUGGCCUGGUGAAGCCUCAGAGCAGCCCUGUGCUGGACAUGUACAGACACAACUCCUGGGAGUUCUCUAUUCCCUUCUCUAAAGACUGCGGUGAAGAUGAGCUCUGCUUGUCCGAUAUUGUGCUGAAUGUCCAGAAGAAGAAUCUGGAUAGCAGCUCUUCACCACUCCUCAUCAGCACUAAGAACAGAAGGGUGUCAUUCGCAGUGAAGCUGGAGAACACCAUGGAAAAUGCAUACAAUGUGAAAAUCACUGCCAUUUACUCAAAGAAUUUAUUCUUCUCAUCUUACACCCAACCUGCUGAUGGCACUGAGGUGAAAUGCCAAGUAGAGGCAACCGAAUCCAUCUCUUGCCAGGUUGGAUAUCCGGCUCUCAAACCAGACCAAGAGGUCUCCUUUGACAUCAACUUUGAUUUUAACUUCAACCACUUGCAGAAAGAGGCUUAUGUAAACUUCAAGGCUCUCAGCGAUAGCACAGAAGAGACGCCUGCAAACAACAUUGUCAACAUCUUAUUUCCUGUUCAGUAUGACUCUGAAAUUAUUUUAACAAGAGAUACAAGCUUGAAUUUCUAUGAGAUAAACCGGGACCUCCUUGUUAAAACCACAGUGAACAGCUAUGAAGACAUUGGUCCAGAAUUCAACUUCACACUGAAGGUUACCACUGGGAGCUUCCCCGUUCACAUGGCCUACCUCACAAUUGCUCUGCCAGUGUCAACCAAAGCAAAUAACCCACUGCUGUACCUCACCGGGGUCAAUACAGAGAUGGCCAAAGAUGUCAGCUGUGAGACAAGCAGCCUGCUGAACCCACUGGAGAUCGGAAAGAGGCCGUAUUUGGCAUCCUUCUCCAAGGAGAGGCUCACUGGGAUCAAGGAACUGGACUGUAACACUGCAACUUGUCAGCAUAUCAAAUGCUGGUUCAAAGACUUGGAACCAAGAAGUAACUAUCUGUUGAAUAUCACAACAAGAAUCUGGAAUGGAAGCUUCACCACUUCGACAUUUCAGUCUAUAAAGCUCACAGCAAGCGCAGAGAUGGAUACGUCAGAGCCUGAACUACUGAUUAUCUUGGACAAAAAGCUACCAAUCGAAAUUACAAUUAGCAAACCUGGUGAGAAAGGAGAGGUGCCAGUGGGGGUGAUCGUAGGCAGUAUAAUCGGAGGGCUUAUCUUACUGGCUGCGCUGGUUGCUCUCUUGUGGAAGCUUGGCUUCUUCAAAAGGAAGUACGAGCAGCUGAUGAAGAGCAGCGAUGACGAUGGAGAGGCUGAUGCCCUGCAGGACGAGACUUUAUGAGCGCGACUGGCCCAAGCACUCUGAACAGUGGAGCUGCAGCUUUCUUUAUGCUCUUUCAUGUUGGGGACCAAAGGGAAUGUUAUUAAUGGCAAUCUCUAUAACGGCACCACUUGUACAGGGAUAGGUGCUGCAAAGAUUAAAACUGGCCAGUGGAUUUGAUUCCUGGCAUGAAGAGGCCAGUUCCUUUUUUGGACAUUAACUGGAUUCCUUAAGUUAGCAGGAAGAUAUGCGGCAGUAGUGCUGUGAUAGCGAGUGGAUCUCUGUGGAGUAUUCCAGUAAAAUCACAUUUACAUUUAAAAAAAACAGCUUUUAUACACAGCAUUGGACUUCCCUUUCAUAAAAUAACAUUCCACUCACGUUAGUUCAGACAGCAGCUGUAGAAUAUGUGCAAACAUGCAAUCAUUUACAAAUUGUUACAAUUUCAGCAGUCUUACAUUUUAGGGUCUCCUUAAACCAUAUCAGAUAUAAUACAAUGGGCUGCUAGCCCUUUAGGUUGGUGACUAGGUUCUGCUGAAAUGCCCAGUUACAGAAUCAUCUACAUUGUUGCAUGUUAACUUCAUGUAUCCAUGUAUCUGGUUUAACCCUUAAGAUACACAAGGAAUUGAGCAGUUCUUGAAACUGCUUCUUCUUAAAAUACAUUUGAGAAAGUGACUCAAGUAUCACGAGAAGGAAACUGACAAUAUGAAUGACCACAUCCAGCCUGUCAGCAAAUUUGAAACCCUGUUUCGUGCACCUCAUUGCAAAAAUAAGAAAGUUAGCAUGGUUUUUAUUUUGGUGGGACACAUGUCCCUUGUACCUCAAUGGAUUCAGUAAAGCAUGCUUUCACAUUUUUCCAAUCAGCACACUAAACCACUACCAAUACACCACUGGAAACGAGUUCUGUUUAUAGGGGAGAAGCUGCAAAAACAAGAGGAUCCAGGAUUUUCCUCUUUGUGCUUAUUUUAUCAUCAUAUGUGUCAUCUUUUAUAUUGUGCUGAAUAUUAAACACACCCUGAUUUUCUGUGUCCCAACUUGAGAUACAGUGUAUGUAACAGUACUGAAUAUUUUGAGAUUGAGUUAAACUCACUUGAAAAGUGUGCCCAUGUACUUAACAAGCCUUGCAAAACAUUUUAGGAGUAUAAUACACCAUUCGUUUUCACUUUUGAAAGAAUGCAGUUAUCCAUCAGCUAGUAAAACAAGACCCUUGCUCCCUGUUAUGUGGAAAGGAAACCACACCAGAUGUCCAUGAUACAGAUUCAAGGAUAAUUCUAAUAGGAUCCUGUGUCCAAGGUUAUUGUUAGGGUUAGGCUACUUUCAUUUACUUUGAGAAAAAACUUCUCAAAUAUUAUUCACCAACAGCAUCUGACUGCAUUUAUUAUGCUUUGGAACGGUACAGAGAUCUGCUUUAUCUUUCUUGUUGAAUAUAUUUUUGCUGGUGUAUUACUAAUGUACACAAUUGUUCUCAUGUAUAAAACCUACACAAAAAUGCCAGGCUUGUUGUUCUCAGAGAGCAUUAGUACCGCCAGUGUCAUGUAUCUGAAACAAAAUUGUGUACAUUUGUGUUUUGUUUCCAUUCCACUGUAAUGUAUGCACAGCUAUGGCCAAA